AGAGGUUAGGACAGAAUAAAUAAAAAAUUCAAUCAUUGUACGUUUUCGUUUAUUAGUAUUCUUGAAAGAAACAUUGUAAUUAACUCUAAACAUCGUAACUUCAAACUAUUUUGCUAAUAUGGUACGUCUAUUUAUUUUUUUACGUUGGUAGAGUGCUGACCUUUGUUUGCUAUGUAACUAGGAGUUAGGUUAUGUGCUAUCUUGUAACACGUGUAAUGCAGUGAUAUUGAUAUAUUUAGUUCAUACGGGGUUGUAGCACUUGAUGUUCAAAGCAAUACAUCAGGUAACUAAUACGAAAUGGCAUCGGAUUUAAGUGAAAAGGUACUAGAAUAUCUAGAUCAGCAUGGAAGUGUUGAUACAUUGGAUUUGGCAGAAUUCGUGCAGGAAGAUCACCAGAAAGUUGUUGGCUCUGUGAAAAGUCUGCAAGCAGCAGGUGAUUUAAUAACAGUAGAGCAGCAGAUCCAUAAAAGAUGGGAACUGACAGAUGAAGGGAAAACAGUUGUAGAGAAAGGAAGCCAUGAAGCCCUUGUUUACUAUGCUGUUCCAGUAGAAGGAAUUUCUCAGUCAGUCAUUAUGCAAACUGUCCCUAAUGCCAAGGUAGGAUUCAGUAAGGCAAUGUCAUCAGGUUGGAUAACAGUUACUAAACAUGCAGGAGAGGCAGUUGUAAGAAGAAAAGUGGAUGACAUUAAGGACACAGUUCAAGAGUCUCUAAAGCUCAUUGUGGGCAGUACUCCCAAUGCAGUCACAGAUGCACAGAAACAGGAAUAUAAGAAGAGAAGGCUUCUUCAGGAAGUGGUAACAAAAAGCUUUCUGUUAGGGAAAGGGGUAGAUUUUAGUAUAUCUGUGGAAAAACCAGAAACAGAGCUAACACAAGAAAUGAUUGCAAGUGGUUGUUGGAAAGAGAGGAAGUUCAAACCUUACAAUUUGGAUUCCUUAGGUAUUGCCCCAGAGCGUGGACACCUACACACUCUGCUUAAGGUGCGUGAUGAGUUUCGUCAGAUCUUCUUGGAGAUGGGUUUCUCUGAAAUGCCAACCAACAAUUUUGUGGAGAGUUCAUUCUGGAAUUUUGAUGCUCUCUUUCAACCCCAGCAACACCCAGCAAGGGAUGCACAUGAUACAUUCUUCAUCUCUGAACCCAAGUUAAGCACAAAGUUUCCUUCUGACUACCUAGAACAUGUGAAGCAGGUACACAGUGAAGGUGGAUAUGGGUCACAGGGUUAUGGCUAUGAAUGGAAGAUUGAAGAGGCCCAGAAGAACCUAUUGAGAACACAUACCACAGCUGUAAGUGCACGGAUGUUGUAUCAGCUUUCACAGAAGGAAUUUCAUCCUGCAAAAUAUUUCAGCAUCGACCGUGUCUUCCGAAAUGAAACAUUGGACGCCACUCACCUGGCAGAGUUCCAUCAAGUAGAGGGUUUGAUUGUAGACCAUAAUCUAACUUUGGGAGACUUGAUAGGUACUCUGUAUGAAUUCUUCAAGAAAUUGGGCAUUACACAACUGAACUUCAAACCAGCUUAUAACCCAUACACAGAACCAAGCAUGGAGAUUUUCUGCUACCACACUGGCCUACAUAAGUGGAUAGAAGUUGGUAACUCUGGGGUGUUCCGGCCUGAAAUGCUUCUGCCAAUGAGUCUUCCAGAAGAUGUAAAUGUAAUUGCAUGGGGACUGUCCUUAGAACGACCGACUAUGAUCAAAUAUGGUUUGAACAAUAUCCGUGACCUUGUUGGUCCUAGAGUGAACAUACAAAUGGUUCAUGACAAUCCAAUCUGUAGACUUGAAAAGUAGAAAUGUCUUAGAGCAAUGGUCAUGCAUGGUGAUUGGCAAUUUUAUGUCAUUGGAACUCUUCCUCACACACUUGUGCUACAUCUGUUACAAUAGUAUUCCUACAGGGGGCAUGAAAUGUGGCAUUCAGCAUUCAUUUCUUGGAGUAAUGUUGUUGCAACACACUAACACAUUGUUACCCUUGUAUUAAGUUAUUUAUCUUUCGAGUUUUAAUACUCAUUGCUGUCUUACUUUUGAUUAAUGGGUAUGAUAUGUUUUUUAGUCUCUGCAAUUAUAUUGAAAUCUGUGUUCUGUGGUUGGCUAGUUGGAACUUUGGUUGUACUACUCCGAGAAUGGUCUACUAACCUGGGUUUAAAUACGUGUCAGAAUUCAUUAAGUAACAGUAGAACCCUCAUUAUAAUAUGUUUGGAGUUCCCUUUAGUUGUUUUUAAUAGUAGAACCCUAAACAAAUUCCUGCAUUGGUAGUUAACUCUAAAAUCAAACACAGCUGUUUAUGCCAGUAUAUAUUCAAUCAUGUAUUCAAAAAGCAUUCCACAUGAUCCACUCAUCUCAUACUCCUUGAUUUCAUAAGCUUAAAAAUUUAUGAUGGUGCAUACACAUUAUGAAGCUGUAUAUUAUGCAGUUUUCUCCAGGUUCCUGUCACUCAACCUUCAUAGUCCAAUCAUCCUCCUUUGUUCCCUAUUCUAAAACUUCCUCAUUUUGUGUUUUUCCCUUAAUAUUUGAGACAGUUUUACAACUGUAUGAAAAAAUAAAUUAUUUUACAGUU